AUGGCCACCUCCGGACGCCUCAGCUUCACCGUGCGCAGCCUCCUGAAUUUACCCGAGCCGGACGCACAGCUUCGGGGCAGGCAAGACUCUGAGCCACGCGUCCUCCAGGCCGAGCCCUGCGGCGCCUGGCUGGAAUCUGAGCGCAGCCACUACCCCUCAUCGGACGAGAGCAGCGUGGAGCCCAGCCCUCUCGAGUCGUCGCCGCGGGCGUCGGAUCGACCGGUAUCUCCGGGCUGGGACGGUGAGAAGCGGAAGAAGCGGCGUGUGCUGUUCUCCAAGGCGCAGACCCUGGAGCUGGAGCGGCGCUUCCGGCAGCAGCGCUACCUGUCGGCGCCCGAGCGGGAGCAGCUGGCUCGGCUGCUGCGCCUCACACCCACGCAGGUCAAGAUCUGGUUCCAGAACCAUCGCUAUAAGCUGAAACGCGCGCGCCUUCCGGGCGCGGCCGAGUCGCCCGAUCUGGUCGGGGCGGUGGAGCUGCGCGCCGCGCCCGGCCUGCUGCGCCGCGUAAUGGUGCCGGUGCUGGUGCACGACGCGCAGCCGGGCGGUGGUGGCGGCGGCGGCGGCGGCGGAGGUGACGGCCGGGACAAGUGCCGCGCGCCCCGAACCGCCGCCUGCCCUCUGCCCGGGUACACACCCUUCGGGCCCGGCUCUGCGCUCGGCCUCUUCCCGGCUUAUCAGCACUUAGCGCCCCCCACUCUGGUCUCCUGGAACUGGUGA